CCGCCUUGGGGUCCAACAUGGGAUCGACCGCUACGGUAUCGGGAGGAGAAAGGAACAGAUAAAGAUUGAACGAGGGCAAGAUGAACCAUAUUCUACGUUUUUCGAUUGGUCUCGAGAGGAUGGGGAUAGGGAUGCGGAAACGGUUGCUGGCGACGCAUGCCCAAACUCCAGCCAGUGUGGCUAUGGGAGAUGCAAUGACGCUGUUGGAGAGAGUAGUCAGCGCGCCGCCAAAGAAUACCUGGACGAAGGAUGAGAUCUCUAGUAUCUACAAUACUCCGUUAAUGGAGUUGACGUACGCCGCUGCAACAUUGCAUAGAAAACACCACCCCCACAACACCGUCCAAACCUGCACCCUCUUGUCCAUAAAAACCGGCGGCUGCACGGAAGACUGCAGUUAUUGCGCCCAAUCCUCCCGCUACUCCACUGGCCUGACCGCGACCAAGCUAUCCACCCUCGAAACCGUCAUGACCGCCGCUCGCGAAGCCAAGGCGAACGGAAGCACACGUUUCUGCAUGGGCGCAGCAUGGCGCGACAUGUCCGGCCGUACGCGCGGGCUAGAGCGCAUAAAAGACAUGGUCCGCGAGGUCCGAGGCCUAGGAAUGGAAGUGUGUGUGACGCUAGGAAUGUUGGACUCAAAGGCGGCGGAGGAGUUGAAGGAUGCUGGGUUAACGGCGUAUAAUCACAACUUGGAUACCAGUCGGGAAUUCUAUCCAAAAGUUAUUACUACCAGGGGGUUCGAUGAGCGGUUGCGGACCAUAGAGAAUGUGCGUAAUGCCGGGAUCUCGGUGUGUACCGGGGGAAUACUCGGCCUUGGGGAGACGGCGGUGGAUCAUGUUUCGUUCUUGCAUACCCUUUCUACGUUGCCCGAGCAUCCCGAGUCAGUUCCUAUCAAUGCGCUGGUUCCGAUCAAGGGGACUCCAUUGGGAGAGAAUAAGAAGGUUCCUUUCGACAGCUUUCUAAGGGUUGUGGCGACAGCGAGGAUUUUGAUGCCUGGGAGUAUUGUGCGCUUAGCUGCUGGGAGGAUUAAUUUGACUGAGGAGCAACAGGUGCUUGCCUUCUUUGCUGGGGCGAAUGCGGUGUUCACGGGGGAGAGAAUGUUGACUACCGAGUGUUCUGGGUUCGAGGCUGAUAGGAGAUUGUUUGAGAAGUGGGGGUUGGCUAAUAUGAAGGCAUUCAGGGGGGAAGAAGAGGGGGGUGCUAAGAGGAUCGCCGAGGUAGAGAAGAGUGGGAAGAUAGGGGAGAUUAUCGAGAGAGUUUAGAGUGUUAAGCGGCGGUCUGUAUGUUUGCGGGUGUUCAGGUUUUGCAAGAAUGUGAUGUUUUCGAAUCGCA